CUCCCAGAAACAAAGAGAUAGUAGAGAAUAGAGAAGAAGAUAACAAAAACCUAAUAGAUGAGCAGCGAUUAGAGAGUCCGUGAGUGUAAGCAACCUUUUUGGAUGAAUCUCGCAUUUGCCCUCUCGAUUCGUCGAUACUGCUAGAUUUUCUCUGGAUCAAUCCUCCUAGGCUUCUUAUUCAUUUCCGCUCCUUUCUGUUUUUAGAAUCUCCCUCCCUCCCUAGGGUUUUCCUUCUUCCUCCUUAUCCGAUUCCCGAUUGGAGACUGAAUCGUCCGCAAUCGAUUUAGAUUCUUACUGUUUGGUGGCAGAUCGAAGGUAGAUUUACUCGGCGGAAGAGACAAUCUAAUUUAAUGCUUGCUUGACAGUAACCGUAACGGUUGGGUAGAUAAGAGUCUUUGAUUGGAUUAGAAGGUGAAGUUCGGGAGAGAUUUGCAUGGGUGAGAAUGAAUCAUGGGCGGCGGCUUCUCCGCCGUCGUCGCCGAGUGGCUUGUUUCCGAACGGGCUGUUGCCGGGGAUGUCUGCUUCUGUGACACGGCCUCUCGAUGCGGAAAGGUGGGCCGUUGCGGAGGAAAGAACCGCUGAGCUCAUUUCUCAUAUACAGCCGAAUCCGCCUUCGGAAGAUCGGCGGAAUGCUGUUGCUAGAUACGUAAGGAGGCUUAUCAUGGAAUGCUUUCCUCUUCAGGUUGAGAUCUUUACUUUUGGAUCUGUGCCACUAAAGACUUACUUGCCCGAUGGAGACAUCGACUUAACGGCCUUCAGCACUAACCAGAAUCUGAAGGAUUCUUGGGCUAAUUUGGUUCGUGAUAUGCUGGAAAAGGAAGAGAAGAAUGAGAAUGCUGAGUUCCAUGUCAAAGAAGUCCAGUAUAUUCAGGCAGAAGUGAAGUUAAUUAAGUGCCUGGUGGAGAACAUUGUGGUGGAUAUAUCUUUCAACCAGAUUGGAGGGCUGUGUACGCUAUGCUUCCUUGACCAGGUUGAUCAGUUUAUAAACCAGAACCAUUUAUUCAAGCGUAGUAUCAUAUUGAUUAAAGCCUGGUGUUAUUACGAGAGCCGUAUAUUGGGAGCUCACCAUGGGCUUAUUUCAACAUAUGCCCUGGAAACCUUGGUUCUUUACAUAUUUCAUGUUUUCAACAACUCAUUUUCUGGACCCCUCGAGGUUCUCUAUCGUUUUCUUGAGUUCUUUAGUAAGUUUGACUGGCAGAAUUUUUGUAUUAGCCUAUGGGGCCCUGUUCCAGUUAGUUCACUACCAGAUGUAACAGCGGAGCCUCCUCGAAAAGAUGCUGGAGAGUUACGACGUAACGAAGCGUUUCUCAAAUAUUGUAGUAGAGUUUAUGCAGUUAACCCUGUUGCUCAGGAGACACAAGGGCAGCCUUUUCUUUCCAAGCAUUUCAAUGUCAUAGACCCUUUGCGUGAAAACAACAACCUUGGACGCAGUGUUAGUAAAGGUAACUUCUUUAGGAUACGAAGUGCAUUUACUCUUGGUGCUAAGAAGUUGGCUAGGUUACUUGAAUGCCCUAAGGAGAAUUUGAUUCAUGAGGUUAACCAAUUCUUUAUGAAUACAUGGGAUAGACAUGGCAGCGGUCGUCGUCCUGAUGCUCCUGGAAAUGACCUAUGGCUAUCAAGAAGACUGGGAGAUCCUGAGCCUUGUCUUCAAGCUGAAAAUGCUAGUAGUUCUUCAAGCAGCAAAAGAAACCAAAAUUCCAUCCGUUCUGGUGAGGUUCAAGGAGCUCGCAGUAUGCCCUCUCAGCAGAAUAACUGUGGAACAGAAGUUACAUCUAAAGCAACAUAUCAAAACCCAAAGAGUUGUGGUAACGCUUACCAACUUGCUCAAGAAGCUCGUUCUAAUCAAAAUGCUUCAAAUGAUAAACUUCAGCAAACUGUUAAGCCAGACAUUAUGGUGAAUAGUUUUCAUGGAAGGCAUCUCUUUGCCAGAACGCGGUCGAGUCCUGAGCUUACUGAGACAUGUGGUGAAGCUCUUUUGCAACCAAGGCGCAGUAGAGCCCCAGAAGCGGGAAAACGCCAACCUAAUUCUAUGAGGGCUGAAAAUAUCAGGAAAACUAAUAUGGGGUCUGAAAGUUUGUCAAGCAAUAUCAGAUAUGCGGCUGACUCAUCGUCAGUUAGGCAUACACCAUCCCCUCGAAGUCCUGAUAGUACUGCUGACAUGAGCAGCGCAGUGAACAGUUAUUAUGAUGAUUUAGGUUCGGUUUCCGUGAAUGAAGAUUUUUCUGCCGCAGGGGAACAUGGAAUGCAACAGGAAGAGCAAGAUCUUGUUAACUCGAUGGCAUCUUUUACCCGGGAAGGUUUUAAUGGACACUUUCCUUUUCCUUUUAAUUUUCCUACGGGCCACAUGCCUUUGCAAAUUACACCAGCCAUGUUAGCUUCAAUGGGAUAUGGUCAGAGGAAUGUGCCUGGUAUUGUUCCUUCUAACUUUCCUUUCAUGGAGACACCUUGGAGUACUAAUGUACAAUUUCAGCAAAACUUUGCUUCUUCACCAUUUACCCAUUAUCUUCCUAGUGGAUCCGAUCCAAUCUCAGAAAAGCUGAGCAAAGCUGGUAAUGAAGAUAUGGGGUCUCCACAAGUGAAUGUUGACGAGUCUGGCCAUGAGCACUGGCACGAGCAAGAACGCGGAACUCAUAUUUGUAGACUUGAAAAUGGUCAUGAUGGAAUGCAUCAGGCAAACGAUAAACAUCAUUCAUCUUCUGCAGAGCACGUUACUGUACCCUCAAGUCGUAAAAUACGGUCAACAAGGGGAGAUGAUUUAGAAAAUUCCCACUCUCCAGUCAGAGGAAGUCAGAUUCAGAGUGAGGAGAGAAAUGCAGGCUCUAGAUCUGUUUCUUGUGCUAGUUCCGUUAGAAGUAGGACUUCAUCUGAAAGCUCUUGGGAUGGAUCAACUACAAGGGGCUCAAAGCCAGCUAGGGAUAAACGGAAUAGGAAAGUAGGUUCUGGGGCUGUGCCUGCACUGUAUGGAAAAGGGAAGAGUGUUACUGAGCACUCAAUCCAGGUUGAAGAUGAUAACAGAGAAUGGAUUCCUGUAUCUAGCAAUGAAGCAAUCGGAAGGGAUUUUGGCCCUCGGCCACCUGUUGCUUCAUUUCAACUUCAGAGGCAUCAAAUACAUGGUCAUGAAUUAGCUCAGGCAAGUGGAUCAGAGUCCACAGUGCCUCUUGCUCCAUUUAUCCUUGGCCAUGGCAUGCAACAAAACGAAGCUGAUAGUUCCGGAUAUACUUUUUACCCCACUGGACCACCUGUUCCAUUCUUUACAAUGGUUCCAAUGUACAACUAUCAAGCUGGUGGUAAUGCUACAUCAGAUGCUUCGGCAAGCCAUCUCAGUGUGGAUGAAGGAGUAGAUAAUCAUGAUUCCUGUAAAAGUUUUGACUCGUCAAAGGGAGACCAGUCCGAUUUAAAUGUGUCUUCGCAAUCUACCAGAGCUGGGUUGUCUGUAGAACCAACAGAGCUCAAGAAUGAUAUUCUCAAUGGAGAUUUUGACAACCAUUGGCAAAAUUUGCAGUAUGGCCGUUAUUGCCAAAAUUCUCAACAUCCGCCGGUGUUGUAUCCUGCUCCCGUCGUAGUGCCACCUACUUAUCUCCAGGGGCGUUUACCAUGGGAUGGCCCUGGAAGACCUCUUGCUUACACCAAUGUAGUUAAUCAGCUCAUGGCCUACGGACCUCGUAUUCUACCCGUUGCCCCUGUACAACCUGUUUCUACCAGGCCACCUAACAUUUACCCUCGUUAUGCUAAUGAAGCUCCCAGAUACCGAGGUGGGACGGGGACCUAUUUUCCAAAUCCUAAGAUUUCCCCUAGGGAGCAGCGGCCGACAUCCGGCGUGAGGCGAGGGAAUUAUGGGCAUGACAGAAACGAGCACCACAGCGAUAGAGAAGGGAAUUGGAAUAACUCAAAGGCACGGGGUUCUGGGCGAGGCCACAGCAAUCGUAACCAAGCUGAUAAUAAGCCAAGGCAAGACCGAUCUGAUAGGCAAUGGGGGUCGUCGUAUAGGCAUGAAUCGUCCUCGUAUUCUUCUCACCAAUCUCGAAACGGUCCUGUUCGCUCACAUGAUGGUCCUGGAAAUGUUGCUUAUAGCAUGUACCGAAUGCCACCGGGCAUGAAGCAGAACAAUGCGACUUCUUCAGAGGGACAUAACGGUCCACCGGUGAUGAUGUAUUAUCCACACGAUCAUAACUCUGUUUACAAUUCACCAACUGAACAGGUCGAGUUUGCGUCCCAUGGACCUGCGGGUGAAGCGCCACAUCGAAAUGACGGAAACCUUUCUGCUGGUGGAGCAUUUGAAGAUCAACCAAGGUAUCGUGGUGCUCAUAUGUCUUCACCUGAUGAUCCUUCCUCGCCUCGUUUCCCCAGGGGGAAGUAACAGCAAUGCGGCGUGGUCAAGUUUAAGCUGGAAUAAAGACAAGAACUUAGAAGAAACAGUGUGAUUACAUCACUAGGGAUCUUUGGAAAUCAAUCAAAAGAAGGCAAAAAGCUGUGAAGCGGUGAAAAGAAGAAUCAAAGACACGAAUUUAAUCAACCUCAAGACCAAUCUGGAAUGUUCUGUUCAAAGCAACAAAGAAGGAGAGCAAGUCAAGAGGUCUCGGUAAGCAUCGCUCAAGCGAUCCAAAAGCUAGCUGGUUACACAAAAACGCAAGACUCUUUCUCAAAGCGAACUCAACGUUUUGGUAAUUUUUUUCUUUCUUUCUCUUUCCUUAGAAUUUCAUUCCAUAGAAAAUGUAGCUUCUUCUGCCCACAUAGAGGACUCUAUUAGAAUUCAGGGCUUAUUGUUUUCUAUCAAAAAUUCAAGAAAUAAUUUGUCUACGUUUCUUUUAGAACAAAAAAAGGAAAAAAACGUACACUGUUGGCUGUAGUUUUAUUUCGAUUAUUAUCCAGAAAAUUUACCU